AAAUAAAAAACAGCGAGCAGAAAGCAACGGCGUUGCCAUUUUCCGUGUUUAACUCUGCUCUCUCAGGGCAGUGUGUGGAUUGAGGUGUCGCACGGUGGGUGUAGCAGUAGAUUCCGCCUCCAAGAAAAGAAAGAGCAAUGCAAGCUGCAUCUUCAGGCAUCGGAUACGGUCUAAAAUAUCAGGCUAGAUGCAUAUCCGAUGUGAAGGCAGACACAGAUCACACUAGCUUCCUCGCUGGCACUCUCAGCCUCAAAGAAGAAAAUGAGGUACAUCUGAUUCGGCUUUCGUCGAGUGGAACCGAACUCUUCUGCGAGGGAUUGUUCUCUCAUCCCAACGAGAUCUGGGACCUUGUUUCUUGCCCCUUUGAUCAACGGAUCUUUUCAACCGUCUACUCUAACGGUGAAACGUAUGGGGCAGCAAUAUGGCAGAUCCCCGAGCUAUAUGGCGAGUUAAAUUCACCUCAGCUAGAGAGAAUUACCUCCCUCGACACUGAUUCUGGCAAGAUUAAAUGUAUUCUAUGGUGGCCAUCUGGAAGGCAUGAUAAAUUGAUCAGCAUCAAUGAGGAAAACCUGUACUUGUGGAAUUUAGAUGUUUCAAAGAAAACUGCUCAGGUACAAUCACAAGAUUCAGCUGGUAUGCUGCACAAGUUAUCUGGAGGGGCAUGGGAUCCACAUGAUGUGAGUUCUGUUGCUGCAACUUGUGAAUCGUAUCUCCAAUUUUGGGAUGUCAGAACAAUGAAGAAGACUAUGUCAAUCGAGUGUUCCCAUGUAUGCAGUGUUGAUUACCAUCCCCAAAAGCAGCACAUACUUGUUACUGCAGAACAUGAGUCUGGGAUACACAUUUGGGAUCUAAGAAAACCUAAAGUUCCCAUCCAAGAGCUUCCAGGACAUACUCAUUGGACUUGGACUGUCAAGUGUAACCCAGAGUAUGAUGGAAUGAUCUUGAGUGCUGGUACGGAUUCAACUGUCAACUUGUGGCUUGCCUCAACAAAUCAUGAUGAGUUAACAACUGAAAGACAAGUCGAUUCAUCUGCCCGAUGGGUUGAUCCAUUGCUUAAUACGUACAGUGAUUAUGAAGACAGCAUUUAUGGGCUCACAUGGAGUUCUCGUGAACCAUGGAUCUUUGCAUCAUUAUCCUAUGAUGGCAGGGUUGUUGUAGAAUCAGUUAAGCCUUUCAUCUCCAAAAAAUAAAGUUCAGCACCAAUUGCCAUGUUGCCAUCAUUUGUCAUGUCAUCUUCUUGUGUAUGUCAGUAAUUUCCUGCCUCUCGGGUCUUGAGAUAAAUAGAUCUGAAAGACCCUAAUAUUUAUUCCAUCAUGUCACCGUUGCUGGGUUUGACGAGGCUGAACAGGUUUAAUGUUACAUGUGCAUUACAUCUUUGACGAGAAAGCAUUGAUAGCUCAGAAAUCAACAUUUUUGGUUUUAUCUUUUUUAUCUUUCAACGUUGAAUGGUUUUAGGCUGGAUUAUGUGCAAGUUUAUUCUUUGAUUAGACAUCCAUGCUAUGUAAUUCGUGGAGUCGUUGUAUAUCUAUGGAACUACAAGUUCAUACAAGUUCUUUCUUUGUAUCUCGAGUUUGUCCUCUAAUAUGUCUUCGUGGAAAGGUAAUAAAUCUACUGUAAUUGG